AUGGCAUCUAAGAAGCAAAUUGCAGUCAUUGGUAGUGGAGUUUCAGGAAUUGGUUCUAUUGUAAUGUUGAAAGAAGAAGGACUAAAUCCUGUAUGUUUUGAACAAACAGAUAAACCUGGAGGCACUUGGAACUACAGAGAAGUGUCUAAUAUGGAAGGAGUUGCAUCCAUAAUGCCCACUACUAUCAUUAAUCAUAGUAAGGAAAUGGGAGCCCUCAGCAAUUUUCCACCGAAGAAAGAAUAUAACAAUUAUAUGAGACACAACGAGAUGUACCAGUACGUGAAAGAUUUUGCCAACGAGCAUGAUUGCUUUAAACACAUCCAAUUUAAUAUGAUGGUAACCUGUGUUAAGCGUUCUAAAGAUUAUGAUGAAACAGGCCGCUGGGUGGUGACUGCAAAGAAUACGAUUACAGGUGAAGAACUUACUGACAUUUAUGAUGGGGUGAUGGUUUGUGUAGGUCACGUUAAUCGGCCGAUAAUGCCGAAAUAUCCUAAUUAG